AGUCCUCUAGAAACUUCUCUUUCUGACAGGUCAGGGGAGUACAGGAGCUGUUGCUUAAGCUUUUGCCUGAUGAUUAACCUGGUACGUAUUUCUAUUUCUUCCCAGCCCACCUCCUUUCUUUUUUACUAUAUUUGGUUGUGGUGAUUUUAAUGAUUUAUUUUUUUUCCAGGUGCUGGGAUUCUAGGAAGAUAUGCUCCUUUGUUCUGUUCAGUAUAUGGCAAUCACUUCAUCCACCACUGCAGUGCACCCACCCUUGGGCCUGGGGGAGGGAGUGGGUUGAAAAACUGUUCAAGAAAGUUUAGGAAGGGUCAUGAAGAAUACUGCAAGUGAAACUGCAGAAACAGGGUUAUGCAGGCAGAAAGCAAGUUAACAAAAACAUUUAGUCAGGAUCCGGUAACUUGAAAUUGACUUCUUUGGAAAUUGCCAUAGAACCUUUAAUGGACAUCAUCGGCUGGAACUGGGAUCUGAUGAAUCCCACAAAAGUCAGCACCUGCCAGAGAACAGAUGCCCUGACCACCAAGGACUUGGUACUGAUUUAGAGAAGAGAGCAGCUCCUAGCAGCAUCAACAUCUAUUUGUUGCUUAUUUGCCCUGCAACAAUUCACCUGCCUUUCCUUCUCCCGUCCUUUUUCUGGAUAUGCCACAGAAGGAUCCGUGCCAGAAACAAGCCUGUGAAAUACAGAAAUGUUUACAAGCCAACAACUACAUGGAAUCUAAAUGUCAGGCUGUCAUCCAAGAACUGCGUAAGUGUUGUGCUCAGUAUCCCAAGGGAAGAUCUGUCGUCUGUUCUGGAUUUGAAAAAGAAGAAGAAGAAAAGCCGACACUAAAGUCUGAAUCAAAGUAAAGUUCUGCUGAGAAGCUAAAUGCUGCUCCACGUUUACACCAAGUUCUGUUUCUCCUCCUGACUCUUUCUUCAGGCCAGGUAGCAGCAAAAAACACAUGCAAAAGUCAACUAUAAAAGUUACUGAAUGUGGCAUCUAUGUAGAACAGACAAUAUAUUAAAAUAAAAAUGUAGAAUGUAAUAAAAAAAAAA